CUACGAUAGACAGACAACCGCAUGCAGACGACUCUGGUCCGGCCAGCCAGCCGGCCACGCAGUGAGUGAGGGAGCGAAUCAAAAGCGAGAGGUCCGCUGGAAGGCGUGGGGUGACUCGGACCUGCAGGACAUGCAUGAAGGCCACAACAAACAAACAAUGACACACGUCAUCCAUCAACAGGAUCUGAAAGAGGUCACACCGUGGGUUGUCUCUUGCCUGAGGUUUGACUUCUGAAGGACGACCGAGGGCAUUGGAUUGGCAUAGUCCUGCAAAUGAGGCGACCUAACACACACACACACACACACAUACACACACGUACACACACAUAAGGCCAGGCCUUCAAGCCAUCCCAUUGUCAUUUAGUGCCGGCAUGGAGUGCACUGGCUGACCUCCAUGGUGGCGGGACGUCGCCGGCGGCCUCUUCACCCUCAACCACGCCCCUCUUCCGCACUUGGACGGGCGGCGCAGGCGACUCCAUGUACGCGGGGUACUUGGACAGCGUCGCAAGCUUUCCCUGCCAUACCAUACACACACACAUGUACAUGUGUGUACGUGUUGUGCCUGGGCGGGGCGGAGUGUGUCUGCACUGCACUGCAUAGCUACGAACCCUUUUGGAGGGGUUGACGGGAAUGAAGGGGCGGUCGUGCUUGAUGGUGAAGGGGUAAUGCGGCUCGGUGUACGGGCGCUGACACAGACAGAGGGAUACAGAGAGAGAGGGGUAGAGACCAACAAGCGAAGAAAGAAGGUCUUGGAUGUUUCUGCGUGUGCGUGUGCGAUGGAAGAGAGAGAGAGGGAGAGUGCUGUGCUGUGUCUUGAUUACCUACCGGUAUGCCACAGGGCUCAUCGUGCCGGUAUAGAUCGCUAUUCUUGGUGAAGUUGACGCCAGCUGCACACACAGACAAGGGAGGGAGGGCAGAGGCGCGUAAAUAAGACUGCACAGGCUGCGUGCAUUCUAUACAUAUAUUGCAUCCUCACUCACUUGCACACAUGGACUUGAAGGGCGGUAUGUCCUUGGUCUUCUCUUUCUGCGCCUUGAGCUCCGCAAGCCUGCAAAUCCAAUUAAUUCGGACACAGACAGACAGAUGCAGAGAGACGCCUGAUGGCGUCUGAUGUACAUCCUUGCCUUCCUACCGUUGCCAUCGCCUUGUCUCAUAGUCUUCUGGGACGUGCUCGGGCAACUUGGAAAACAGCACACCGGGCACAAGGGUCCCGCCACCGCCCUUCUUGGCUGGACUGGUGAACACACCUCGGGGAACUGACGGUACGGCAAGGGUAUAGGGCAAGAUGGCAUGACGACGGCAAAUGGGUAGUUUGUUGUUGCGGGCGUCAGUCACCAUUUGCCCCCCUGCCCACCGGUGUAUUCCUUGUAUUUUGCGUAGAGGUCUUUGGGGUCCGGGGCUGUCGACCCUUGAUAAACAUACGGGAAGUCCAGCUUGUUCAAGCUGAAGCAAACAGGCAAAGAGGCAAAGAGGCAAUACGUCCGUCAUGAUGGGCCUCUCAUGUCACGUCACUCACCUGCGCCUAAUGUUGCCUCCAGGCUUGAACCUGUGGUCGGGGUCUAUCGGCGUCAGCCUUCGUCUGCACCCCAACCCCAACCCCACCCCCAUGCCCACAGAUGAAGUCAAGGUAGGUCUGAUGCCGAUGGCUCUUCCAGCCGAGCCAUAUGCCUGCCUACCGUGCUUGUCUCUUGAGCGGGUCGACAUAGGGGUCUCCCACGGCGAGUGGCGUGAUGACGGAGAAAAAGGCGUCCUUGGUGUUGCCCUUCUUGCCCUUCCCCACUAGGAAGCCCUUGAGCGCCGGCUGCUCCUCCUCUCCAGUGCCCUCGCGUCUCGCCUCUGCCAGCCAGAGAUGAAGCGACGACAGGAUUGCACUUCGCGUGUGUGUUCUUUGCUGGCUGGCUGGCUGACUUCUGACGACUUGUCUUGGGGCAUAGGAGUCGUCGCCACAGCAGUUGGGGGCCUGAAGGACGGGACGGGCAGAGAGAGGGAGGCGCAUUAUUCUCUUUCUCAUGCGCUUUGAUGACUGGCUGGCUGACCGUGUAGGAGAAGUAGCCGUGUCUUGGCCUGCGUGUGCAUCAUGCGUCAAUCAAAGAGGGAGGCAGGCAAAGACGAUGCCCCCUCCCCGUUUGCGUGGGUUUGUGGGAUUGUCUGAUUGUGUGAUUGUGUGUUUGUGUCUGGCGGCCUUGCUUACACCAUGGAUGUGGUGUACACAUCUUCGAUGUGUUUCUGCAUCUUGGCGGCAUUCUUGGCCUGCCGCUCCUCAGGGGACGACGGCAUGAUGGACAAAUGGAUGGAUGGAUGGCUUCCUCACCAAAGGGAAGAAUCUGUAGACAAGCACACGGCAGUCCGGCCCGCAUUAUCUUUCCAACCUGCUCGUGGCCUCCUCUCCCCUCUCGUGCCGUCGUUACCUCAGGGCAGCCUCUCGGUUUCACCCUCUUCUGCCGGGCCUCUUCCUGUCGAGACCUUGGGAUGGGUUGAGGGGCGAAGGGAAAAAGCACGUGGAUGAGUCUGCGACAAGAGGCUCCAAGCCUUCAGGGCCCUGGAGUGCUGGAUUUUCCCGUUCCUUCUGCGCUCG